UUUGUUGACAGAGGCAAACAUCACCUUCUUUACCACCUCCAUCUCUAAAUUCUUCACCCAUCACUUCAUCAUUUGUGAGGGAGAAAAUCCAGAUCCUAUAGAGAGCAGUCAUGAAGAUACAGGUUCAGAAAUCAUAGAACCAUACAGUUUUGAGCCGAUUGCAAGUGGUGAAUACUCUUCAUCGCACUCUCCAGUGGAAUACGAAAGUAAAUUCUCCAGGCUUGACAAUACAGACUGGUGUCAAUGUGGACAAUGUGAAGUGAUGGCAACAGGCCGUGAAUGUGUGUGUUGCUGUGAAAUAGACAUUGUCAAAGACAAGAUGAAACAGAGUAGCAAUGAGGUACAUUGUAUCAUAGACCAUGAAGGACGUUACCGCUAUAUGACAUACUGCCAGCUAACCAGUUGGUGCUGGGGAUGGCUCGGGAAAAGAGUAAGAGUAAUUUUACCAAGUUGUGCAGUAAAGAAGAUUAGGAACACUUUUCCAUCUGAUUUUAGUAACUACACAGGUUUCAAAUAUCCACAUUUGUGA